AUGUCGUUCUACCAGCCUAACCAAGGCGGAAUGCGCCCAGUUGGAGAGCCACCUAUGCCUAUGCCAGGAGCGCCUUCUGCGCAUGAGAAGCUAGGCGAGAGUGAGAAUGGCGCCUUAGUACCGGACUCGAACGGCGCAAUGGCUCCGGGGACGCGUCUAAGCUCGUUGAUCCAGCAAUACUCGCGCAACCCUGCACAGUUCCAGCGGUAUUUCUGGCGCUAUCAAAUGGAUUUGGUCGAGAAUGGAUUUGAUUCGGACGGCAAGGCCAUCGACUUUUUCAACCUAGGCACGAAUCCAAGUGGCAACAGCAGUGCUCUGCCCCUCGCUCGUAUCAAAAAAGUGAUGAAAAACGACGAUGAAGUCAAGAUGAUUUCUGCCGAGGCGCCUAUCCUGUUCUCGCGUGCCUGUGAAAUAUUUAUUGCCGACCUGACAUGCCGUGCCUUCAUGGUGGCGGAGGAAAACAAGCGUCGGACGAUCCAGCGCUCUGACAUUGCCAACGCCAUUGCGCGCUCUGACUUGUUUGAUUUCCUGAUCGAUAUUGUACCGCGCUCGGAUAUGAUGCGGAAUCGCAGCUCGAGCGUGCCGAUCCGCAACGCUAUGCCGGCGCCAGCGAUGCCGGCGCCUUUCCCUGGCGCGGGUGUAUCGCCACGGGUCAAUAUGAGCGAGUCGAAUGCCUCGUUUAUGCCUCUGCGGCCUUCGCAGCAAGAUAUGCGGCCACGAAUGGAUGCCAUGGACCCAGCUCUGGGUAUGGGCGCGCCGCCAGCGCAGCUGAAAGGCCUGCCCAAGGCGCCGAUGCCCAAUGAAUGGGGCUCUGGUAUGUACUCGUUCCCUACGGCGCCCAUGGGGGAUGCACGUAUGCAUCCUGGUGCCGGUCUCGGCAUGUCGGCUGGGCCUCCCCCGGUGGGAGGUGGACGGCCUGUCAUGUCGCGAGGCGGUGUGGAUACGGCGUCUUUCAUGGACGCGAAUGGCCCGCUAUCUAUGCCACCGCAACACCGUGGCUCGCUUUUAAAUAUGGUGCCCUAUCCAAUGAAUGACCAAUCGUCCAAGGGCGAUGGAAACGCAAAUGAAUAA